CGAGAGGUGCACGUGUGGUCGAAACUGCGUCACGAGAACAUCGUUCGCAUGCUCGGGAUCUCUACACAGUUUGACUACACAAUUUCGAUAAUAUCUGAAUGGAUGCCACUGGGGAAUGCACAUACGUAUGUCCAAAACAUAGAAAAUGAUCCACGACCGCUGCUUGAAGAUGUCGCAAGAGGGCUGGACUAUCUUCAUAGUCAUGAGUUGGGUCCAGUAGUCCAUGGAGAUCUGAAGGGUCUGAACGUGCUAGUAUCCAGCGAUCGCCGGGCGCUACUGAGCGACUUCGGUCUUACGACCCUAAACCUAUCCACCUUCAACAUGACCGUCGAUGCCAUCCGCGGAGGUUCGUGCCAUUGGAUGGCCCCAGAGCUUCUAGAUGACUGCCCUGUAUCAAUGGAAAGUGAUGUGUGGGCAUUUGGGAUGACGACUUUGGAGUUGUUCAUUCGAGCAGUGCCUUUCCACGAUUGUAAUCACGCGGGAAAUGUGUUCGGCAGGUUAAUGAAGCGGGAACUGCCUCCUCGCCCCACCGAGCAGUCAACACAAUUUCGCCUGUCGGAUGCAUGGUGGGCAAUUUGCGCGUCAUGCUGGAGAUAUGAUCCUUCUUCCCGCCCUUCAAUGAGGGGUAUUAUAGAGAAGGCCAAGACAGCCAUGGUCUGUUUUUAUCCCUUCCACUGA